AUGUCUUAUCAGCAGCAGCAGUGCAAGCAGCCCUGCCAGCCACCUCCAGUAGUGUGCACUCCCAAGUGCCCUGAGCCUUGUCCACCUCCAAAAUGUCCUGAGCCUUGUCCACCUCCAAAGUGUCCUGAGCCUUGCCCACCUCCAAAGUGUCCUGAGCCUUGCCCACCUCCAAAGUGCCCUGAGCCAUGCCCACCUCCUCAGUACCAGCAGAAAUGCCCUCCUGUGCCACCUCCCCAACAAUGCCAGCAGAAGUGCCCACCCAAAAGCAAGUAG